AUGUCCUUGGGAACAGAGAAGAUCGAUCACUUCGUGGAUGAAGACGACGUGGUUGCAAAUGCGAACAAUCCUGAGUUUGGGCUUUAUGCUGCAGUCUAUACUAAGGACAUCAAUCGUGCCAUGAGAAUAGCCACGAAGCUGGAGUCCGGAACCGUUAGAUUUAACUGCACUAGCCCAACUACAGCUCACGAUCUGCCAUUUGGACGGUAUAAGAGCAGUGGGCUGGGCCGGGAGGGAUGGACUCCUAGUCUCAACAAUUUCCUUGAGACAAAGUCCGUUCUGAUAAAGGUUGACAAUGCUUGA